AUGUUCAGCAAAAGGUUGAUAUCUGAAACAUCUGCGUCCGAGGAAGCAGAGGUGAGCCUGAUCAACAAGUUGAAGCAGAUGUGUGGAUUCGAGUACACAAAUCGAUUGUCCAAAAUGAUAAACGAUACUCAGAUCAGUAAGGAUUCAUGUGCCGAAUUCCGUGACUACUUAGCAAACCGCAAUGUCGACUUGGGAAUCGACUUCAACAUGCUUAUCCUAAGCUCCGGUUCAUGGCCAGCGCUACCGACUCUGAAGAUGCACUUACCACAAAAACUCAAUGUUGCCAUUGAGCAGUUCACAGCCUUUUACAAUUCAAAGCACAGUGGCAGAAAGCUGACAUGGGUGUUAUCGCAAUCUCGUGGCGAAAUAUAUGCGUUUGGCUUCGGCAAGAAAUAUGUUUUCACGACCACAACGGCACAAAUGGCAGUGCUUCUUUUGUUCAACGAUUCUAUGGAGUACUCGAUUGGAUCACUAAUUUUGUCUCUAGGGAUGGACAAGAAGACCCUGUCGCAAGUCUUGGUAUCCCUCGUCAAGAAUGAUGUUCUGAAGAGUUCUGAAAGCCUGGACGUGUCCUCAGAGGCAAAGGAUAAUGUCAUCAUAAGUCUUAACCAGACCUAUUCAAACAAAAAGAUCAAGGUUGAUCUAUCCAAGAUGGUGAUGCGGACCGACACGAAGCAGGAAACGGAAACUGUACAGAAGAAUGUUGACGAAGAUAGGAAGAGCGUUAUUAAC